AAAGUCAUUAAAAAAACAGCAACAAAUGCUCAAUCCCGUCGAGUGAGUCCAAUCAAAGCUGUGUGCCUUAUUCCCAUCAAAGCCAAAGCAUUUCUCUCGCCCAAACUAUACUCAAUUUGCUCUGAGUUUCAACAAGAUGCAGCAGCACCAUGAUGUUGGUGGGUAUGCCAAGGUCAACCUCACAAUGCGCAUCUUAUCUGCCUUCUUUGUUGGGCUCGUGGCUGCCGCGGCCGCAGCCGCCACCAGUAGCUAUCGCCGGAAAAAGUCGUCCAAGGCGUUGAGAGCCCCAAACAACAUCUCCCCACCACGGAUAGACAGGACAGAAUCCGGCCGUGUCGGAAAUAUCGAGAGAUUCUCCCAUUAUGUUGCUAGGCAACUGGGAAUUUUAGAUGCAAAUGAGUGUCCCCAGCUAUGCAAGUUAGCUUAUGAUUACUUGAGAAAAUCCAAAGGGUGUGAAGAUAGCAUCUAUGCAUAUCUGGCUUCAGAAGCAGAUGCAGAUUCUCUCUGCAUAAGUUUAAUGCAAGAAUUUGAAAGAUGCAUCCUCACUUAUUUUGCAUUUCAUUGGAGUCAAGCUACUCUUAUGAUAUCUCAGGUUUUGAAUGUAGAGACUAAGAAGAAAACGAAGCUCAAAGACCUAGUAUUGACAGCUACCAGGAAGCAGAGAUUUGAGAGGAUCAGCAAGGAACUAAAAGUGACAAGGGUGUUCUCUACGUUGGUGGAGGAAAUGAAAGCAAUAAAGGCAGAAUCACAAUGUACGGACGUGAUGGUGCCGGUGGCCCAUAGUGAGAGGAGCCCCGUGCUUCUACUUAUGGGUGGUGGGAUGGGCGCUGGCAAGAGCACUGUGCUCAAAGACAUUCUCAAAGAGCCAUUCUGGUCAGGAGCAGCAGCAAAGGCUGUGGUUGUUGAGGCAGAUGCUUUCAAAGAGACAGAUGUGAUUUACAGAGCCCUCAGCUCUAGAGGUCACCACACUGACAUGCUCCAAACUGCUGAAUUGGUGCACCAAUCAUCAACUGAUGCUGCAUCAUCGCUCCUAGUGACUGCACUCAACGAAGGACGGGAUGUGAUCAUGGAUGGCACCCUGUCGUGGGCACCCUUUGUUGAGCAGACAAUCGACAUGGCCCGGCACGUUCACAAAUGCCGGUACCGGAUGGGAGUUGGGUACAAGGUGGCUGAGGAUGGCACCAUUACUGAAAACUAUUGGGAACGAGUGGGUGAAGAAGAGGAUCUUCAUGACCAGCUGAAGAUUAAUAGUGGACAGGAACCCAAGAGAAAACCAUACAGAAUUGAGUUGGUUGGAGUUGUUUGUGAUGCUUAUUUAGCUGUUGUUAGAGGCAUCAGAAGAGCUAUAAUGGUUAGGAGGGCAGUAAGGGUGAAUUCACAGUUGCAAUCCCACAAGAGAUUUGCUAGCGCUUUUUACGGAUAUUGCCAGCUUGUUGAUAAUGCCAGGCUCUACUGCACCAAUUCUAUGACUGGCCCUCCUAUGCUGAUAGGAUGGAAGGAUGGAGUCAACAGGCUACUGGUAGAUAUUGAAGAAAUCAAAUGCUUGACAAACUUAAGCAGUUUGAAUUCUGAUGCAGAAUCCAUAUACGAGCUUUAUAUGCAGAACCCAAGCCUUAUACUGGAGCCUGGUUCUUGUUGGAAAGACUUUGUUUUGUCCCCUUCAAGGCCAAGCCUUCAGCAGAAGCUAAGAGCUGUCAUUCAGAAAAUUGAAAUUUCAAGGACGCUAACAAAUUAGAUUGAUCCAUGUUUGCGUCUUUAUUUGAAAUUCUGUAAAUGGAAAAUUUUAAGAAUGGAUUGGACUUUUAUACA